CCAGGUCGUACCGUGACUGUUAUUCCAACCCAACAUCACGCCUUUCGUGUAUCCAGACUACUCUGUGUCUUGCUGCGUAUUCAAUCAUAGCAUAUUCUUAAUCCUCCUUUAUCUGCCGCACACAUCUUCGUCCUCUCAUUUCAGACCCGUUCACCGCCAUCUCGGAAAAUGCCAGUCUCUCACAUCGGUCUUACCGUUUCCCACCUACCAACUUCCUGUUCAUUCUUUCUGUCUGCUCUUCAGCCCCUCGGAUAUCGCUAUAUUGGACAACAAGGCAACCAGAUUGGCCUUGGUAUCCAUGAUGCCGACUUCUUCUUGUGCCAAGAAACGCCUGGCGUAAAAGCCGGCGCCGCGCACAUCGCCUUCACCGCUCCCAGUCGUACUGCCGUUCGAGACUUCUACACCGCCGCCCUGAACGCCGGAGGCCGUCCUAAUGGCGCACCAGCCACUCGGAGCGAUGAGGAUGGUCACUUCAAUGCUGCUAUCCUCGACCUUGACGGCAACAGCAUUGAAGUCGUGUUCAAAAAUGGACCCGACCUCAGAGAUGACGGGACCGUAAUCGAGCAUAGUAGAGUCAUCACAUGGCAGAGGAGUGUUUCGGAGAGCGUCCGUGACGACAGAAGUGUCGCCAGUGCUCGCACAACGCAGACCGCAUCGAAGCAGGCUCUUGUCCCUGCAAUUACCGAAGCUCUUUCGAAAGCUCCUUCUGUCGUCUCGAAAGCGCCGUCAGCAGCGGGCAGUAUGAAUAGAAGUGUAUCCGCGCCAGUCGCAGUACCUCAGGUCCCUUCUUCAGACGCCGGCGACGGCGCAGCAAAGAAGAUCAUCGGUACCCUCCUCGGUGCCGCAGCCGGCGCAGCAGUUGCCUACGCCAUGGUCAAGAGCGAGCAAGAUAGCUCAAAGAAAGAGUCGGAAUUCAACGCAUUCCAGCAAGCCAAGGCCGCAGUAAAGCAGCUCGCGCAGGGCGCCGAACAACCCAAGCUAUCCAUGCAAGACCCACAGCCGAUCUACGAAACACAACCUAAAUCCAUACACCGCAACAUCAGCGACACCGACUCGCACUACUCGACUGCUCAACGUAGUGCGUAUAUCCAACGCGCGAUCGAGGCUGCCCCGCUGAGCUACCACUCCCCGUCGUACACAACAGUCCCGCCUACCCAGGUAGGAGUACCCCGGGCCAUUGAGUAUGCCCCUGCAUACUCUGUCGCACCGUCGCGGAGUCAGUUCACCGCUCACCGGUCGAUGACCAGCCCGGAGCUGAUGACGGCGGAGAAGGCGAGGAGUACCGUGUCGAGGGUGCAGAGCGUCGCUCCUAGUACGCUCAUUUCGUCUUUCGUACCCGACCAGAUCCCGCGGAGGAGUAGCGAGGGAAGCGUUGCAUCGCAUCGUUCCAGCAGGUCCAAAGCCAAGUCGUCGCAUACGCACGCGUCGAGACAUACAUCGCAUUCGAAACACAGUAGUAGUAGAAGUAGAGCGGCUUCCCCUCCUCCACCUUCGCAAGCGCCAUCCAAGCCUGGAUCAAAAGCACAAUCUAUUGUUGGCAGUAUAUUAGGUCGGGAUACGAAGUCGAACGUGAGCAAGAAAGACGGCGACUUCAUCGACGAUCUGGAAAUUGAGGAGAUCGACGACGCGGAUACGGUUGCGCCGAGCGACAGCAUAUCCAACGCAGGCUCCUCCUCGCGGCGUUCGCACCGCAGCCAUCGAAGCAGCAAGCACUCUAGUUCCAGCUCGACCGCCAGCAAACACAGCAAAUCCUCCCGCCAUUCCCACUCAUCCCGCAAAUCGCACCGCUCCCGCCACUCAGACUACCACUCCGCCGACGAGGGAAACCCCCGCCUUCCCACCGUCAUCUCCGAACCCUCGGACGCGAGUACCGUCAAGCCUGCGAGGUCGAAAGCGAGCGGUAGUGUGAGCAGGAAGGAUAGCUUGAUGCAUGGACAGUACGAUGGUAUGUUUAGCGGGGACGUGCAGUAUGGGGCGGGCACGGUGGCGAGUUUGCCGAUAAGAGGCAUUACGCCGAGUAUGAUUAAUGGAGGGGAGGAGGCGAAGGGGAGGAGUAUGCUUAGUUAUGCGAUGGGGCAGAAGUUGAGGCCUUUUGAGGGAUAGUAAGAGUCAAGCGCAGUGCGAAGAGUUUUGGUCUGUUUCGGAGUUGUGGUCGAAUGAGCCUGCAUUGGGUGGGGGCCUUUGCGUUGCCUCCUGGUUGUUACGGUCCUGCGUUCGGCUCGCUUUGCAUCUUUGGUCUUUUGGUCUCGAUCGGCCUUCCUUCCUCCUUCGU